AUGAGUUCAGUGAUGUUCAGAGCAAGGAAAGCGGACUUGAACGCAGAUUUGACCCCCAGAUUGGAUACCCUUUUUGUAUUCACCAUGCGGAAGAAGUCGGGAUGGAUCCAGGUCUGGGUCACGGUGGGGUUGCGAGUCUUGGUCAAUAUGCAUAAGCCCGAUAUCGCAACAGCAUAUGUCUUACGUCCCAGGGACCUGGCGAUUUCUCAAUCACCUACGGGCGGCUAUGCACCCAAGAAGAUCGUCUGUCCUGCUGAUUUACGCAUUCGGGAUGCUAACAUGUAUCCAUGGGGUUUAAGUCAAGGAGAAGAGGCAUAUAUAUCAAGCAAAGCAAAUCUUUCAAUACCUCUGUGGUCAGAUUUCUUGAAACAAGCUGGGUUGAAGGAUUUUGAUAUUGAAAAUUUCUUAGACAGAGCGACCACAAAUGGAGCCCGUGCUGGUGAUACUGUGCCCAAUGUCGCACUGGCUUUGUCUGGGGGAGGAAAUCGUGCACUAUUGUACUCUUCAUCAAUUUUGGAUGCUUUCGAUUCCAGGAAUCCAGAGGCCAUGAAAGCACGAACUGGUGGAAUCUUACAACUUGCGAAUUAUGCUACAGGGCUAUCAGCGGGAUCGUGGCUCUUGGGUAGUUGGGCGACCUCAAACUUCGAGAGAUUCCCUUCACUCAAUCAAACGGUUUGGGGUUACACCAAGAAAAAUGGUUAUCUCAGCUGGCGCAAUCUGAAGAAGUACCCCAAAUAUUAUUCGGAUACAAAGAAGAAGAAGAAAGCCGGAUUUGCCGUCAGUUUUGUAGACAUAUGGGCACGGAUGCUGGGUACACAGUUCAUUAAAGAUCCAGAAAAAGGCAAGGGCGUGCUCUUCUCAUCUGUAAGAGAAACACCAGCAUACAAAGACCGCAUAUUUCCGUUGCCUAUCUUGGUGUCCCUAUCUAGGCCAGGCACAGGCAAAAUGAUAACACUGCAAAGUCCAAUGUACGAGUUUACUCCAGAAGACUUUGGAAUAUGGCAUCCUCUUUUGAACGCUUCGAUACCUAUGGAAUACCUCGGGAGUAAAGCCUCCGCUAUGAACGAUCAAGCUAUAACUUGCACAAAAGGUUUCGACAAUAUGGGUGUGUGGGAUGAUGCUUAUGACAUUUUCGGGCCCAGUUUCUUGAUGGCACGUUCAGGUGCUUCGAGUAAUGUCUUCAGCUUUCAGGACGGCUCGGAUCCGGACCCGCCAUUUUGGGCAAAGCUCCUGAAGCUGUUCAUCAAGGGUGAAUUUUAUGAGGCAUUGGUUCCAAAUCCUUUUCAAGGAAAAGGAGUUGGAAUGUUUGGCGAUGCUGGAUUCGAAAACACGAAUUUGGAGACGCUCCUACUCGCGGAUGGUGCUAUGGUUGCAGAAAAUCUCCCACUCUUCCCUCUGAUACAGCCUUCCAGAAAGGUCGAUAUCAUAUUUGCUAUAGACUCGACUGUGGAUGGACAUCCAUUCCCCAAUCCAAACGUCCAUGGCUAUCCCAAUGGCACCGCCUUAUAUUUGACUUCUCUCAAGCUGCGACAUCCUAACUACCAAGGGUACCCGUUUCCAAAAGUACCAAGCGCAAUAGAUGGCAGCUUUACUUCCGCCGGCUAUGAAGAAAGGCCAACACUGUUCGGAUGUGAAGAUUCCAGCGCCCCCCUGAUACUCUACCUUCCCAACCAUUUUGUGUCAGCGCAAACAGACAUGCCAACCCUGCAAACGGACUACACUUGGCAAGAGAUUGAUGGAUUCUUUCAAAACGGAUUCUAUAUUGCGACUCAAUCCAACUCAACAUACGUUGAUUCUGAAUGGCCUGCAUGUUUAGCUUGUGCGAUGAUCGAAAAGCAAAGGAUUCGGAACUCACAAAGCCGAACCGAACAAUGCUCUGCUUGCUUUAGUCGAUACUGUGCUACAUAA